AUGGCUUCUCUCCGGUCGCUCUUCCUCCGGUCACAACACCUCCGACCAUCAGCAUCUUCACAUCUCACCACCGCCGCCUCUGCGGUGGUAGUACCCGCUCGACCAUCAGCAAAGUUCAGCACAUCCCGUCCCUCCACAUCUUCAGCAACAACAACAACAACGACGACAUCACCACAAAAGCGGCAACCCCCGCUCGUGCCCCAGCCAACCCCCUUCAUCCCGGACGUCGAGACCUUCCUGACCGUCAUCGGGCGCGGGUUGAAGCAGCACGUCUCAAAGUUCCCGACCUGGGAGUCCCUCUUCUCCCUGUCCUCGCAGCAGAUGCGCGACCUGGGCGUCGAGCCGCCCCGCACGCGCAAGUACCUGCUGCGCUGGCGCCAGCGCUUCCGGCUCGGCCUGUACGGCAUCGGCGGCGACCUGCAGCACGUGCGGGACGGCGCGGCCGAACUGCGCGUCCUCGAAAUUGAGCGUGCCGCCGCCAACGCCGCCGCCAACGAAACAGCAGCAGCAGCAGUAGUCAGCCUGCCCAAGAAGAUGCGGUUCGUCGUCAAUGUCCCCCCCGGAACCCGCGUGGAGGACGUGGUCGGCACGCCGGCCGCCGCGGAGCACAUGUCCCGCGUCCGCGGCUACAAGGUGGAAGGGCUCAAGACCAUCGUGGGCCCUUACGCGAUCCCGCUCAAGGGUCAGGCCGGCGCCAAGGUCACCGUCACCGAGGGCAUGUGGGAGGACAAGCUGGGCCGCAAGAUCGACGGUGGUGAGCGCCGCCGGACCGAGGUGCGGUACAAGAAGCGCAUCCAGGAGCGCCGGCAGGAGAGGGAGAAGGCCAUGUCGCAGAAGUAA